CUCAGUAAACACAUCUUGAAUGCGCAAGUCUCGAUCCGAGCGCCAUGCUGCAGGAAAUGGUUUGACUGCCCAGACUGUCACGCCGAGUCGGAGUCUCACGAGCUGAGAAAAGCCGUCGAGAUGGCCUUCAUGUGCAAGAAGUGCAAAAAGGCAUUUCGGAAAGAUAUGACCGAGUAUGAAGAAGCGGACGAGUACUGCCCUCAUUGCGAUAAUCAAUAUGUGGUAGAAGCGAAAGAACCAAAAGCGAUGAUUGGGGUGGAAGGCGAGGAUGCACGGAUGGAUUCGAGGAUGAUCAAAGACGACCGGGAAAAGAUUGCGAUGGAUAGAAGUCUCUUUGCAGGGAAGGACGUGAGCGAUAAGCUGGAUACGAGACCGCGGAGAUGA